CAAGGACUUCGUGUCAAGAGGGCGCCUGUUGGACACGAUCAUCAUGUCUUCGUACACCCUCGUGUAUUUCGACUUGAGAGGACUUGGAGAAGCUAGUAGGGUCAUGUUCGCGUUAGCGCGUGUUCCCUAUACGGAUUAUAGAGUAGAUUAUGCCAACGAAUGGCCGGUCUUUAAAAAGAGUGGACGAUGUCCUUUUGGCCAGAUUCCCUUAUUAGAACUUGGUGACGGAAGGACACUUUGCCAGUCAGGAGCUAUUCUCAGGUUUUUGGCCAAUCAAUUUGGUUAUUCCCCGACCAAUGAUUAUGAGCGAGCACGCGCUGACAUGAUUGUAGACGCUGUCAAAGACCUUCAAACCAAAGUUGGUUCUCCUUUUUAUGAAAAAGACGAAAGUAAAAAAGCUGAGAUGACGUCUAAUAUCAACAAUGACUACAUCCCUCCACAAAUGCAAUUCCUGGACAAUGUUUUCCAGCAAAACAAUGGUGGUAAAGGGUACUUUGUAGGAGACAAGAUAACCUAUGCUGAYRUWGCUGUUUUUUGUUUUCUCAAUGGCUACCUUGCUGGUGGUGCUCUAGAGGCUCCAAAAGAAAUCAAAAACUAUCCACUGUUGGUUGACUUCUACAAUCGAGUGAUGAAUGAACCUAAUAUCUUGGAAUAUCUCAAGAAAAGAAAACCUAACCCUGAAUGGUACCCAUUCUGAAUUUUUCAUCCUGCUCUUUACAGACUUGUCUGUUAAAACAUUGUUUGAGAAGUUUCAAUAAAAUAGUGUUGCACAACU